AGGACCAGUCAGACAUACUACGUGUGAUAAUCUACAGGGAAGAGAACACAAAAUUUAAUCUGUGAAGAGUGACGUUGCUUGCAAGACUUGGCAUAUAAAAAGAUAACUGGAUUUUUCCGAUUCAUUUCACAGCCAACCGUGGGUCAGACACAUCGGAGAGUGUGUUGCGUCACUGGAGGAUUAAACUGCACCGGUACGACGCGGAGUUAGUUUUUCCAAGAGUUUGAUCCAGUCCAGGGUAAGGAAGUAGCCAGGUGUUAAUCAAAUAUUUAUUAUUUGUGAAGUCAGUAAAUUGUUAAGUCAAAAGUCAAAGGCUGAAAACUGAAUUUGUGAUUCUAACAUAAGCAACAUACAUGUCCAUAAUAUAGUACGCUAUACUUUUAAAAAUAAAUGAAUGAGAUUGCUCUCCUUUAAUUGUCAUCUUUAUUAAGUAAAAAUAAUAAAGUUAGGGGCAUAGGAAGAGGGGCGAAGUUCCCCUGGUGGUAUUAUUUGUUUCCUUCAUAUUUAGUUUUAGGUCUAGGAGCGGAAUGUUCUCCUUAUUGUAGAGUUGUUGUUCUCUCCCCCCCUAUAAUAAAGUUAGGGGCAUAGGAAGAGGGGCGAAGUUCCCCUGGUGGUAUUAUUUGUUUCCUUCAUAUUUAGUUUUAGGUCUAGGAGCGGAAUGUUCUCCUUAUUGUAGAGUUGUUGUUCCCCCCCCCCCCCCCGUAAAAAGCAAGGGCGGUAAUAAUCUGGGCACACCCAGGGUGACACUAGCUCUAUCUCUUUCGUUCUCUCUCUCUCGCUCUUUCUCUCCCUCCCCCUCUUUCUUUCCCUCCCCCUCUUUCUCUCCCACUCCCCCUCUAUUUCUCACUCUCCUUUUUCACACACCCUCUCUCCCCUCUCCCUGUUUCCACCCCAUUCUCUUUCUUUCUCUCUCUCCCUAUCUCUCUCUUUUUUAUCUCUCUCUCGCUCCCUCCCCCUCUCUCCCUCCCUCCCUCUCUGAGACACAUUCAUGUUUUUUUUCUGGUCUUGAAAACAACACACCAUGAUAAGAAUGGUUGCAAACUAAGGACACAUGCUACCAGGCAUUUGGUAGAGUUCUUAAAUGGUUGCACGGAGUCGUAGGCCUACAUAGAUUCUAUAAGCCAUACGAAAAUAUAGUUUUAUUAUAACAUUAACUUAACUACAGUUGCAAUCUUCUUCUUUUUAAGAGUCUCCGACCACUAUUGAUCGCGUGAGAAUGAACAAACCUUCACAGAGGAAGGGCCUGAACUACGCGGCCAAAGGGCUCCGGUUCGAAGCCAAACUUCAGCUGCAGACGUGGAUACUGAUCUGGUUCUAUGUCACUGCCAUUGUGUGUACGUGGGACGCUACGUUCAUAAUGCUUCGCCCUUACACACUGCCAGGGGGGUCUCUGGCAGUGUUCUGGUACUUAUGUAAGUCAUUCAUGUGGUCUAAGAGGGGCGGGGGGUGUGUGUCUCUGGCAGUGUUCUGGUACUUAUGUAAGUCAUUCAUGUGGUCUGAGAGGGGGGGGGUCUCUGGAACUUACUUAAGUUAUUCAUUUCACAUGAGGGGCCAGAGAAGGGUCGCUGGGAGGGUUCUGGUACUUAACAUAAUGUAUGCGUUGAAUAUGAAGAGAGGGGGAAGGGUCUUUGGUAGAGUUUUGUUUGGCCAUGUAAAUGUAAGCUAUUACCAUGAGGAGGUAAGCGGGAUGGGGGAAUGGGGGGAAUGAUUCUGGCGGGGCUUUUGGAGACUAUGCAGGUCAUUCCUAAGAUACAAAAGAAAGGUCGUGUGUCCUUGCAGUGUUUUGAUUGUUAUGUAAGGCUUUUCAUAGGACUAGGCACCAGUGAGGCUCAGUCCAGUAGAGCUCAGGCCAAUGAGGCUCAGUCCCUUAGAGCUCAGGCCAGUGAGGCUCAGGCCAGUAGAGCUCAGGCCAGUGAGGCUCAGGCCAGUAGAGCUCAGGCCAGUGAGGCUCAGUCCAGUAGAGCUCAGGCCAGUGAGGCUCAGUCAAGUAGAGCUCAGGCCAGUGAGGCUCAGUCCAGUGGGGCUCAGGCCAGUGAGGCUCAGUCCAGUGGGGCUCAGGCCAGUGAGGCUCAGUCCAGUAGAGCUCAGGCCAGUGAGGCUCAGUCCAGUAGAGCUCAGGCCAGUGAGGGUCAGUCAAAUAGAGCUCAGGCCAGUGAGGCUCAGUCAAGUAUCUCAGCCCAGUGAGGCGCAAUCCAUUGGGGCUCAGGCCAGUGAGGCUCAGGCCAUUGAGGCUCAGGCCAGUGAGGCUCAGUCCAGUAGAGCUCAGGCCAGUGAGGCUCAGUCCAGUAGAGCUCAGGCCAGUGAGGGUCAGUCAAAUAGAGCUCAGGCCAGUGAGGCUCAGUCAAGUAGAGCUCAGUCCAGUAGAGCUCAGGCCAGUGGGGCUCAUUCUAGUAGAGCUCAGGCCAGUGGGGCUCAGUCCAGUGAGGCUCAGUCAAGUAGAGCUCAGGCCAGUAGGGCUCAGUCCAGUAGGGCUCAGGCCAGUAGGGCUCAGUCCAGUAGGGCUCAGGCCAGUAGGGCUCAGGGCAAGUAGGGCUCAGUCCAGUAGGGCUCAUCCAGUAGGGCUCAUCCAGUAGAGCUCGGGGCAAGUAGGUCUCGGGGCAAGUAGGGUUCAGGGCAAGUAGGGCUCAGCUCAGUAGGGCACAGGGCAAGUAGGGCUCAUGCCAGUAAGGAUAAUUGGGACGAUAGAUUAUUGGUGUGGGGUGGGGGGCGUUGGGAUAUUGAGGUUAGAUUAUUGGGGGGUUAGAUUAUUAGGAGUUUAGAUUAUUGGGUUUUCAUGUUUCUCCUCUCAGACAAAUACUACGUCACAGUGGACCAGAGGUACAAUGACACCAGUGACGCUUAUGUCUUUGCCCAGAGCUUGUGAGUACAGCAAACUAGGUGUGUGGGGGGGGGAGGGGGAUGUUCCUGUUUUUUUUUGGUUGGGAGCUAGAUUAUUUGGUUGGUUAUAGAUUAUUGAGGGAGGGGAGGGGUUGGGGUUGUUAGAUUAUUGGUUGGUUAGAUUAUUGAGGGAGGGGAGGUGGUGUUAGAUUUUGGGGAGGGUUGUUAGAUUUUUAGGGGUUUGCUAAGUUAGAAAAUAAAUAGUUUCUCUGUUCGGGAAAGACGUCAAACGCUGAUAGAACUAUUAAAACAAGUAACAAAGGAAAGUGGGAGAAAUCGUGAUAAGAACAGUGAUAAUAUCUGCGUGAUAAGUAAAUUGAUACUAUCUACGUGAUAAGUAAACUGAUAGUAUCUUAAUGAUAAGUACAGUGAUACUAUCUUAGUGAUAAGUACGGUGAUAAUAUCCUGGUGAUAAGUACAGUGAUAAUAUCUUGGUGAUAAGUACAGUGAUUAGAUCUUAGUGAUAAGUACAGUGAUAAUAUAUUCUUGAUAAGUACAGUUACAAUACCUGUUCAAGAUAAGUACAGUGAUACUAUCAGCGUGAUAAGUGCAGUGAUAAUAUCUGCAUGAUAAGUAUAGUGAUAUUAUCUACAUGAUAAAUGCAGUCAUAAUAUUGGCAUAAUAAGGACAGUGGUAAUAUCUGUGUGAUAAGUUCUGUGAUAAUAUCUUUGUGAUGGUACAGUGAUAAUGUGUGUGUGAUAAGUACAGUGAUAAGAUCUGCGUAACAGUACAAUGAAAAUAUCUGCGUGACAAGUCAAGUGAUAAUGUAUGUACCACUUUGUCCACAGGCUUAACUAUGUGGAGGUGGCAUUCAACAUCAUUACCAUCGUUAUGGUGAGUGGUCCAACAGAUGUGGCUUUUUUUUUCUUUGUGGAUGGAUGGGGUGGGGAGGUCAAGUUUGGGUGGUCUUAUGAAAAAUGACAUGUGUGUGGGAGGGGGCGAUGGUGAGACCAGUGAGGGUCAGUUUGAAGACAUUUAAGGGGACAUUUAGUCUCUGAGAUAGUAUAAUAUGUUACUCUUUAUAAAAAGUGUGGGCAGGUCAAUGAAUUUUUUUUCAACUGGUCAACUAGUCCACGGGCGUAGUUUUUUUUUUUUGUGGUGGGGGUGGGGGUGGGGGAUGUUUAAACCAUUCUAGGUACUCAGGGGACCAAAAAAGUUGUGCAAGCUGAUUUUUGACCUCUUGAUUUCCUGAGCUGUGAUAGAACUUUGGAUCUAUGUGAUAGAACUGUGGGUCUAUUCACUGAAGACUUGUACAAGCCAUUGGAAACCAAAAAGAAAAAAAAAUGGCCCCAUUUGGUAUCACUGGCAUGACUUUCCUUUGCAGACAAAAAAUCUUCAAGUUUGGUGAAGCUGCUUUUGAGAACCAUCGAUAAUGGGGUAUGUGUUGGAGCAUGCUGGUUACAUUAGAUAACGCUGUGAGUCCAUUACCUGACCACCAGCGGAGGUUAAAAGGUUUGAAACGCUGGACAACCAAUGCUUCCUUUAUAAUUUAAAUGAUUAGAUAUUUUAAAAAAAUAAAAUUUGAAGGCAAACUGAUUUUUUUAAAUAUAAAGAUUUAAAGGAAGACUGAUAUUCAAAACGAUUUUCAGAAAUUCUCAGAACUUUGAUGGAAAAAAAAAAAGAAGUUAAGAAUUUAUUAACACGUUUAUAUAGGAUGACACUUCUCAAUGUAGGUGUCCAUGUCUCGGGGCGAUAGACUCACAAAACGAAAAACCCACAAAAUGUAUAACCCACAAAAUGUAUAACCCACAAAAUGUAUAACCCACAAAAUGUAUAACUCACAUAGGCCACUGAUCCCACGACGCCUGCCUUAACUCACGGCGUAUUAUCUUGGUUUAAACUUUCAGCACUACAGGUGCUCCCGCCACACCGCCACCACGGCCUUCACCGUCAGCGUGAUGACCUUCUGGAAGACGGUCCUCUACUUCCUCAUGUUCAGCGAGUUCUGCACGGGCGGGGAGUACAGACAGGGCAACACGGCCCUGCAAGAGAUCGCCCUUGUGGUCAUCCCGAACAUCAUCUGGGUCAUCGUGCCGCUGGUCGUCAUGUACUCGCUGUGGGAGAAACUCACACCGCAGGGCUCCAGCCACUACGCUUCAAGUCUCGCCGCAGUGUCCAACGCGAAGUCAAGUGAUUUCAACCACGUGACACAAUACGGCGAUGGGGUACUAAAUGGUGGCCACAAAAAAUCAAAAUAGAGCAAUCGGGUGUUUCGAAAAUACAUUAACACAGGCUGAAUUGCCAGGGUUUUGGUGAGGCAAAUGUGUAUCUUUAAAUGAUUUAUAUCAUAGCCUUAUUAAGCCUGAACACUGGCUGUGAAAUUAAGGCAUCUUACUGUGAAGAUGCUUUUCAAAAUAAAAAGCAGCCAGCCAGUCUGUAACUGUAGCUGCACUGUGAAAACAGUAACAGCUUGAAUCAAAGACUUUCAAUGCUUAAGAACGUCCAAACAACAGCCAUGCCAUGACGCUAUUCCUAUGACACUGACGCUAAUCCUAUGACACUGACGCUAAUCCUAUGACACUGACGCUAUUCCUAUAACUUCUAUGACACUGACAAUAUUCCUAUGUCACUGACGCUAUUCCUGUGACACUGACGCUAUUCCUAUGACACUGAGACGCUAUUCCUAUGACAAUUGAGUUUUUCUAAUAGGAAGCCGAAUCAAUGGAAGAUUCUUUUCCCGUGAGUGGUGCUGUUUGCUUUUAACAAAUGUAUGAUUUCAUUCUGUAAGCUUUUCCAAAGAAUUGUAUUAUUAAUUUUUGCUUGUUUAACACCAUCUAUACUAAAAAAAUGACAUCGGCAAAUCCUACAUGUGAGUAUUGAUUUUAAUUUUAAGAUAAUUUCAAUUACCAUUAAUUAACAGAGCAGGAUAUUAUGAGAUAGUUGUCACUAGAAAAAAAUACACAAAAUAAUGUGAAUGUGAAGAAUAUUCUGAACAUUUUUUUUAUGCUCCCCUUCCGAAAUCUAGCUUUUGAAAAUGUAAAAUCUGGCAAUGUUUACUGGCAAAAAGUUCUCAUUACGGUACUUAUUUAGGCUGAACUCUGAACCAAACUUAAGGUUUUUAAUAAUACUGGUGAACCCAUCAUAAAAAAAAUAAUUAAUUAAACCUUUUUUCUAUGUUAGCUCAGUUGAAGACGAGGCAAGCUUUUCCCCUGAACUUUCAAAAUGUGUGGAUAUGGUCAUAAGUUAUAACAUCUGUUCGAAGGCAAACAGACCAGACUGCAGUGCCAGGUGGAACAGGGACUCUGAUCCGUAAGGUCAUGAAAGUCUUUCCACUUAACGUGCUCAGCUAGGUCAUGAAAUUCUGUCCACUAGGCCUGCUCAGUUAGGUCAUUUAAUAACUCUGGCCAAUUAACCUGAUCAGUAAGGUCAUGAAAUUCUGGCCACUUAGCCUGAUCAGUAAGGUCAUGAAAUUCUGGCCACUUAGCCUGAUCAGUAAGGUCAUGAAAUUCUGGUCACUUAGCCCCAAGUUUCUUAUUGGAACUAUUUUAAGGAUAACUGGUACAAAUAUAUAGAGACCUACAUAAAUGACAGAUCUCAGUGUUAAACAGAUGAGCUACAAGUAACUGUGGGAGCUAUUCUUAGGCCUCAGCAAAAUAAUUUUGUUACAUAUUAUUACUGAUCACUGUAAAUUAAUUUUCUAACUGUCCUGGUCAUUCUCCAUUAUUUAUACAUUUUAUUAUUUCAACAAACUACAGGCUAACUUUCAUUUCAGCCCUUCCUUACACAUUUCGUCCUCAUUUUAUAAGUACAUUUUUCUUAGCUUGUUAACUUGUAAACUAUCAUCUUUUUUUUUUUUUUCAUGAAUAUUCAUGGAUUGUUCUUUUACUUUCUUUUUUAAAUUAGUUUUAAUCAAUUUGAUGAUGAAUUAUGAAUUUAUUAUAACCUUCAUUUUUUUACAAUAAAUUUGCUGUUUAUUUUUUAAAAA